AUGAAUCCAAAAGAAACGAAAAGAUUUAUUUUACUUGCUGUGUUUGUCUUGAUGAUGGUUGGUGUUUUAGUCUCGGAAAGCUUCCAACAAUCACCAUCAGAAACAACAGCACCAACAAUAUUAUUGGGUCAAGUGGUGGAUAUACCUAAAAACAUGAAAAAGGAUGACCAACAGGAUCAAAUUAAAAUUCUCUUGCUCCGACAAGACUCACCAUCACGGGAAGAAGUAUAUUUUGUGAGAGCAGAUGGCUCAUUUACGAUUGAAGGAUUAACACCAGGUUCACAUAUUUUGCACUUGGUGAGUCAUAGAUUUGAAUUUCCAAAAAUCCGAAUUGAUGUUUCAAAGAGUGGAAAGAUGAGAGGAGUUGCAAUGAUUCCAUCGAAUCAUCCAUCAUUAUUAACCGAGGAAGAAAAGAAAUCUGGUGCUGCUCAAACUUUGGAUGGAUUUGGCUAUGUUAAACAAGGAAUUCAGGUUGAACCUGUUCUUCGAGUUAAACCGUUGAAUAUGUUGAAUUACUUUGAAGUUGUUCCUGGAUUUGAUUAUCUUGGAAUUUUGAAGAAUCCAAUGGUUAUUAUGCUUGUUGUUGGUGUUCUAAUUUCUGUUGUUUUCCCCAAGCUCAUAGAUCCUGAAGCAAUGAAGGAGGCUCAAAAAUCAAUGGGUCAAAGUGAAGCGGAAUUUAAAAAUUUAUUAGGAGGACUGAAUGCACAAAUUUCUAGUCAGUCAGCAUCAACAUCUUCAUCUGGUGAUAAAAGUAGUAAGAAAAAGUCAAAGAGUGAAUAA